AUGUCGCAACCACUCUUCGGUCUCGUCCCGGCAGGCCUGCCUGUGAUCACCCAGCCGACUGAGACCCCUUCGCAAACAUCCUUUAUCUACGGCAUCCCAACCUCGCCAAAGUCUUUCAGCCACGUCGUCAUCUUCCUGCUGCCGGGCAUCGUCCUGCCUAGCGACACCGCGGCGGCAAUUUACCUCGUUACCCCGCCCGACCGCGCGCAGGGCCAGGAGGUGCCAAACUCAAAGUUCCUAGGCGGCAUUGGCCCUGGAAAAGAGUCGGCCAUCUUCAAGCUCAACGAGGCAUCCGCUUCUGGCGGCCAGAUCAUCCUGGGAAUCAGCAUCGAGGACGCCGGCUCAGUGGCGAGCCGCAUCACCGAGCUACAGGCUGCCAAGUCGUCUUCAGCUGCGUCCGGGUCGCUCGCCCUGGUCCCCGCCGGGGCUGCCGCAGGCCAGGGCCACCAGCAGCCCAGCACGCUGGUCCUCGCGCAGAGGAUCAUCAAGAACGCCUUCAACUUCCUGACCAGCUUCUCGGGCCAGGCCGGGCAGGUCGAGGUCGUGCCGAUGAAGGCGUUCGAGGACUGGUGGAGGAAGUUCGAGAGCAGGGUGCGGAGCGACCCGGGCUUCCUGGAGAGGGAUGACUGA